AUGUCCAAGGAUCUUCUGUACACAAACGAAGAACUUGCAGACUCCAAUAGUUAUGAUGAUGACAGAGACAAUGGCUAUCAGGAGCCCAAGUCAGCAUGGAAGAAAUUCUUGACAAAGAUUCAAGUGGAAGAACCUGGAGAUUUGACCACCGUGCAAAGGUAUUUGUUCAACUACGAUUUACGUCCUGUUGAGGCUGCACGUAGACAGUGGUCUUGGUACAACUACGUUUUCUUUUGGGUUGCCGAUUCGUUCAACAUCAACACUUGGAUGAUCGCCGCAACUGGUGUUCAAAAUGGAAUGACCUGGUGGCAAACUUGGCUCUCUGUGUGGGUUGGUUACGGACUUUGUGGUGCUUUUGUAUCCAUCUCCGCCAGAGUCGGUGUGGUUAACCAUAUCUCCUUCCCUAUUGCUGUGAGAGGCUCGUUUGGCAUUUUCUUUGCCAUUUGGCCCGUCAUCAACAGAGUGGUGAUGUCAUGUGUGUGGUAUGCCGUGCAAUCCAUGGUGGCUGGUCCUUGUAUUGGACUCAUGUUGAGAAGCAUAUUUGGCAAGAAUUUGGACAAGACCAUGCAUAAUGGAAUCAGCAACCCCAACUUGACCACUUUUGAAUUCAUGUCCUUUUUCCUCUUCUGGUUGUUCUCCUUGCCUUUCUUGUGGAUGCCACCUCACAAGAUCAGACACUUGUUCACCUUCAAGGCAUAUGUUGCACCCACCGCAGGAGUCGGCUUUUUGAUAUGGACUUUGGUCAAAUGUAACGGUGUGGGUCCUGUCAUUCAUCAGAAGGCUACCUUGAGUGGUUCGGCUCUUGGUUGGGCCUUUGUGGAGUCGACCAUGAAUUCGUUGGCCAACUUUGCAACCUUAAUCACCAACGCACCCGAUUUCUCCCGUUUUGCCGACAAACCAUCUUUCACCAACAAGUAUUUGGUUCAGACAGUUUCCAUCCCCUUGUGUUUCUCGCUCACUUCCUUGAUUGGUAUUCUUGUCAGUUCAGCUUCCACUGUCUUGUACAAUGAGACGAUGUGGUCUCCAUUGGAAGUUUUGGGCCGUUUCUUGGAUGACUACACUUCCGGAAACAGAGCUGGUGUUUUCCUCAUCAGUUUGGCAUUUGCCAUUGCUCAGUUGGGUACAAACAUCUCUGCCAACUCUCUCUCUUUUGGUACUGAUGUCACCGCACUUUUGCCUCAAUACUUGAACAUCAAAAGAGGCUCUUAUCUCUGUGCUUUGUUGGCUUUGGUUGUCCAGCCAUGGAACUUAUUGUCCAGUUCCUCAAAGUUUACCACCUACUUGUCUGCCUACUCGGUGUUCCUUUCUUCCAUUGUAGGUGUGAUUUGUUUCGAUUACUACUAUGUGAGAAGAGGAUUCCUCAAGUUGACGCACAUGUACUCAGUGAAUGCCCCCGAAGAUCCAAGCCAACGUUCUUUCUACAUGUAUAAUAAGAUCGGUCUCAACUGGAGAGCACUUGUGGCAUACCUCUGUGGAAUCUUACCAAACAUUGUUGGAUUCGUGGGUGCCACCACUGGUGAAGACAAGGUGCCAAUAGGCGCCAUGUAUGUUUACCGUAUAAACUUCUUCGUGGGAUUCUUCUCAUCGGGACUUGUUUACUCUCUUCUCUGCUUCCUUUCGCCGAUUGAAGGUACACCUAAUGUGGGGCCAUUCGAGAAGUUGUGGCUUGAAGAGCCUCAAGACGUGGAAGAUUUCGAGGAGGAGUUGCAGGGUCAUGUUGUUCACGAUGGAAUCGAAAAAACCCAAGCGUUUACUACGGGACAUUCUAAGGACGAGAAGUUCUAG